AUAAUUUAUAACAAACCUAUUCUGCUUCCAACCCCUGCAAUAUUUCCCUCACCCACCAUUUUUAUAUCUUCUUCUCUCUCUCUCUCUCUGCAGCCUGUUGAUGAAGAAAUGAAAGAUAGAUUAAUGGAGAGGCUUGUUAUUCUUCCCUUCUCUGUUGGGUGUAUCUCCGAAGCUAGUGUUGCCGUUUCUGUUCAGCAGCCCAGAAGAUCCAAAGCAGACGCUAAACUAAGAAGUAAAGAAGAAGAUGAGUUAGAAAGCUUGUCAGGUGAAAGCAUGAAGAACUCGUUCGGGUUCAUGGUGGCUCCAAAGCCUAAUAUAACCACUGGGAUUCAUAGGCUCGUCAAGGGCUUCAAGAACAUCUCCCAAUUAUUUGUGUACAAGGAAGAUAUGGAAGAAAUGGAGAUGGAGAUGGAGAUGGAGAUGGAAAUAGGGUGUCCAACAGAUGUGAAGCAUGUGACUCACAUAGGAUGGGAUGGUUGUGCAAGUGCAAGUGCAACAGCCAGCAGCCCUAUGGAGGGGUGGGAUAAUCUCAUUACUCCUGAUCACUUGCUCUCUCUCCCAUCACCUUCAUUGGAGCACUUUCACCUUUCCAGGCCUGCACAUGCUCACCAUCCAACUACUCUUCUUGAUGCUACCACUUAAAUUUUUCUAUGAAUAUUAAUACCAAUGUUGUUAAUAUUGAUCAUAUUUGAGUUUUUUUUUGUUUUUGUUUUUGUUUUUGUUUUUUUUAUAAAUAGGUAUACAUAUGUAUUUAAAACUCUCUAAACCUCUUUUCCAUGUACUUUUAAAGCCUCCAGGGUGGUUGCUUUCAAGAUUUACUGCUGUAAUGAAUGUUUUUCUAAUUAUGUGGCCUAU